AGGAGAGGCCACAGGGACCGCGAGCGGCAGCUGGGGAGGGGGCUGCGGAGCCCGAGCGCGAGCAAAACAGCUGAUCUGGUUUUCCUUUAAAGCGAGAGAAAAUGGAAGUCGGGUAGCAGCGACUGCGGCGCUGCGGGCUGGUGGAGCGGAGCGGCUCGGCGCUGCAGAGUUCUCAGGCGCUGUGAUCUCACCUUCCACUGGGGCAACAAUGGGCCAUUUCCAGCAGGGACGGUGCGGCGUUGGCCUGCAUGCCUGACUGCCACACACCUCCAGAAUCAGGUGUCUGAAAAGUGGCAGUGACAAAAGAAGAGACUCUCCCGGCCGAAGCCCCGGUGCAUGGAGAGAAGGAAGAAAUCAAUUUCCUAAUUGGUACCAUAUACAUCAGAUGGAUGGUUUCUAGUGUGCUUCCAAACCCCACCUCGGCUGAGUGUUGGGCAGCACUCCUACAUGAUCCUAUGACUCUUGAUAUGGACGCAGUCCUGUCAGACUUUGUUCGGUCCACAGGGGCAGAACCUGGUCUGGCCAGAGACCUGCUGGAAGGCAAAAACUGGGACCUGACAGCCGCUCUGAGCGACUAUGAGCAGCUCCGCCAGGUGCACACAGCCAAUCUGCCGCAUGUGUUCAACGAAGGGAGGGGUCCCAAGCAGCCAGAGCGAGAGCCACAGCCCGGGCACAAGGUGGAGCGGCCCUGCCUGCAGAGGCAGGACGACAUUGCCCAAGAAAAGCGACUUUCCCGGGGGAUUUCCCACGCCAGCUCAGCCAUCGUCUCCCUGGCCCGGUCCCACGUGGCAAGUGAAUGCAGCAACGAGCAGUUCCCCCUGGAGAUGCCAAUCUACACAUUCCAGUUGCCAGACCUGAGCGUGUACAGUGAGGAUUUCAGGAGCUUCAUCGAGCGGGACUUGAUCGAGCAGGCAACGAUGGUGGCUCUGGAGCAGGCAGGUCGCCUGAACUGGUGGUCCACUGUGUGCACAAGCUGUAAACGGCUUCUUCCUCUGGCCACGACAGGGGAUGGGAACUGCCUUUUACAUGCCGCCUCACUGGGAAUGUGGGGGUUUCACGACCGGGACCUGGUGUUACGGAAAGCUCUCUAUACCAUGAUGAGGACGGGAGCCGAGAGGGAAGCCCUGAAGCGGAGGUGGAGGUGGCAACAGACGCAGCAGAAUAAGGAGGAGGAGUGGGAGCGGGAGUGGACGGAGCUGCUGAAGCUGGCCUCCAGUGAGCCGCGCACACACUUCAGCAAGAACGGUGGCACAGGCGGGGGUGUGGACAACUCUGAGGACCCCGUGUAUGAGAGCCUGGAAGAGUUCCACGUUUUUGUCCUAGCCCAUAUAUUAAGAAGACCCAUCGUUGUUGUGGCAGAUACAAUGUUAAGAGACUCAGGUGGAGAAGCGUUCGCACCCAUCCCAUUCGGAGGGAUCUACCUGCCCUUGGAGGUCCCUCCCAACAGAUGCCACUGCUCGCCUCUGGUUCUGGCCUAUGAUCAAGCACAUUUCUCUGCCCUCGUGUCCAUGGAACAGAGAGACCAGCAGAGAGAACAAGCCGUGAUCCCCCUGACGGAUUCUGAGCACAAGCUGCUGCCUCUGCACUUUGCAGUGGACCCUGGCAAGGACUGGGAGUGGGGCAAAGAUGACAACGAUAACGCCCGGCUGGCCCACCUUAUCCUGUCGCUAGAAGCCAAGCUGAACCUUCUGCACAGCUACAUGAAUGUGACAUGGAUCCGGAUCCCCUCCGAGACACGGGCGCCCCUGGCACAACCGGAGUCUCCCACGGCCUCGGCAGGGGAGGACGUGCAGUCCCUGGCCGACUCGCUGGACUCGGACCGCGACUCGGUGUGCAGCAAUUCCAACAGCAAUAACGGCAAGAACGGCAAGGACAAGGAGAAGGAGAAGCAGCGCAAAGAGAAGGACAAGACGCGCGCCGACUCCGUGGCCAACAAGCUGGGCAGCUUCAGCAAGACGCUGGGCAUCAAGCUGAAGAAAAACAUGGGAGGCCUCGGCGGCCUGGUGCACGGCAAGAUGGGCCGCGCCAACUCCGCCAACGGCAAGAACGGGGACUCGGCAGAGCGGGGCAAGGAGAAGAAGGCCAAGUCGCGCAAGGGCAGCAAGGAGGAGUCGGGUGCGUCGGCAAGCACGUCGCCCUCGGAGAAAACCACGCCAUCGCCCACGGACAAGGCGGCGGGCGCGUCGCCGGCGGAGAAGGGCGGCGGGCCGCGGGGCGACGCCUGGAAGUACAGCACGGACGUGAAGCUGAGCCUCAACAUCCUGCGCGCCGCCAUGCAGGGCGAGCGCAAGUUCAUCUUCGCCGGCCUCCUGCUCACCAGCCACCGGCACCAGUUCCACGAGGAGAUGAUCGGCUACUACCUGACCAGCGCGCAGGAGCGCUUCAGCGCCGAGCAGGAGCAGCGGCGCCGCGACGCAGCCACUGCCGCCGCCGCCGCCGCCGCCUCCACCGCCAAGCGGCCACCGCGCAGACCCGAGACAGAGGGCGCGCCGGUCCCCGAGCGCGCCUCUCCGGGCCCGCCCACGCAGCUGGUGCUCAAGCUCAAGGAGAGGCCGAGCCCCGGGCCCGCGGCGGGGCGGGCGGCGCGGGCGGCGGCGGGCGGCACGGCCUCCCCGGGGGGAGGCACGCGGCGUGCGGUCGCCAGCGGACCAAUCCCCGGCCGCAGCCCCCCGGCGCCAGCGCGCCAGAGCGUCAUCCACGUCCAGGCGUCGGGCGCGCGGGACGAGGCGUGCGCGCCGGCCGUGGGGGCGCUGCGGCCGUGUGCCACGUACCCGCAGCAGAACCGCUCGCUGUCGUCGCAGAGCUACAGCCCGGCGCGCGCCGCCGCCCUGCGCACCGUGAACACGGUCGAGUCGCUGGCGCGCGCGGUGCCCGGGGCCUUACCGGGCGCGGCGGGGGCGGCUGGGGCGGCAGAGCACAAGUCGCAGACCUACACCAACGGCUUCGGCGCCGCGCGCGACGGCCUGGAGUUCGCCGACGCCGACGCGCCAGCCGCGCGCUCGAACGGUGAGUGCGGCCGUGGCGGCCCGGGGCCGGCGCAGCGGCGCUGCCAGCGCGAGAACUGCGCGUUCUACGGCCGCGCCGAGACCGAGCACUACUGCUCCUACUGCUACCGCGAGGAGCUGCGGCGGCGGCGCGAGGCGCGUGGGGCCCGGCCCUGAGCGGCGCGGCGCGGCGCAGCGCAGGCGGCGAGGUUCUACCUUCGAGGAUUUCUUUUCCAUUGUGUCGGUGUCUUUUUUACAUGCUCUGGUCCACCGGAAGGCCGGCGCCUCCUCUGUCAGUGCCGUGUACGUGUUUGGUCAAACGUUCCUAAUGGUGCCUGAACCUACACUGACGCCACUCAGGUAGUAGACGGAUAGGAAACAAGUCAUACUGUUGGAAGUGGGUGUGCUAGCCUAGCAUCUGCCUCGUACCUGUGGAAACUCAAUAGCCAUUGCAAGAGUAUUUUUGUUCCUCAGUAAGAAAUAAAGAAAUUCGCAGCCCUUUGUUUUUAGAAGGGAGUGUUUUACAUGCUUUUUUUGCUUUUUUUUUUUUUUUCUCCUAACCUAGCGAUGACCUCUUCCAGGUAGCGGUCCCCUGUGCGCGGUUGGUAGUACCCAGGGCAUAGAGUGAACGCGCACCCGGGGCUGCGGUGGAGGCUCCUCUGCGGGCUCCACUUGCCUCUCAUCCCGGGACCUAGGAGAAGGCGGGUACCUGGCCGCCAGCUGACGCCCUGGUGGUCACUGUGGCCCUUUAGAAACACACAGCUCCAUUUCAUAAGCCAAACCUCCUCCCCCAGCCCCGGCUCAAGCACCAUUCACACUGCCAUCCAAGCCGCGGGCGGCCGUGGGAAGGCACUGGACCACCCGUCUCACGGGCGCGGUUAGGUACAGCGAUGGCUCCCAGUGCCGGGCAGCUCAGGUGACAGGAGCUUUCCAAAGACACCUAGGGUCCAAAAAGCAGGGUUCCCAUCUCACAAUUUGGAUUUGCCCAUAGAGGAGAAGAUAGGACAGCCUGCUCACAUUUCUCUUUUGAAGGCACUUCCACAGUGGACUGUCGCUGGAGGGCCCCUGGGCAGUGACCAUCGGUGCCCCAGGAGACAGCGAGGAAUUGACCCUUCGGUCUCUGUGUAAGCCCCCACUAGGUUGCUGCUCUUUCCAAAGGGAAGGAGCUGGGGGAACCGGGAAGGAACCCCACCCCAACACCUGCAUCUGUCUGGGUUCAGCCAGGUAAAGGAACUCACUGUGAUCGUGGCCCCUCCAUGGGGCAGGACGACCCUGCCUCCGUCUCGUGACACAAUGAGGGAGCAGCCCGAUCCCUGAGCGGUCUCUUUUUUGGUGCCUCCUACAUUUCUUGAGGAAAAAAAAAAAAUGUGUCCUUAGCUACCCUGUUUUGAGCAGCAAUAUGCAGCCUCUUCCUUCCAAGAUUACCUCCGGAGAACGCCAUUCUUGGCCAGGGACACUGAGGAGCUAAACCUGCCUCACUAAGGAACGAGCUUGUUUCCAAGAAAUGAGGAUAAGAUGGGUAAAAUCCUCACUAACAGAAGAAUACUAUAAAACCUGUGAGAGCCUUAGAAUAGCUUCUAAUAAUCCUAGGAAAGGAGAAAGCGCCUGGCUUUGCUGUGAGUGUAUCCUCAGAAAAAGCAGGAGGUCGACCAUCUCUUCACUGGAGCCAGCUUCUCCUCUAGAAACGAUGCUUUUUUCCCUAACUAAAGAGCAGCAAAAACAAACAAACAAAAAAAAGUGGGAGGGGAUUUUUUUUACUUGUUUGGAAAAUUAUAAUAAAACAAUUAUCUCCUGUGA